AUGCUCGGGGAGUCCGGGAUCGGGCAGUCCGCUUUUCUGCAAUGCUAUAAGCAAAUCGCUAGCGUUGCCAGUGGUGGAACCACCAAGAGCAAGGACUUUGCUGAGGACUCCGUGCCCUUUGACGAUCUGCCAAACUUGGAAAGUAUGGUGGCAAUGGUGGAGUUGGAGGGGGAGUUGUGUCGGGUUCGUUUCACGGAUGGUGCAGCCAGCCCUAGGUUCGAGAAAAUGCUUCGCGCCGCCAUCUAUGCUUCACAUGCUCUCCUGCUUUGCUUCCGUCCAGACAGGCUGGAGUCCAUGACCAGCAUACGGAAGAAGUGGUUGCCGAUGCUUUGGGAGAUGCAGUGUGAGACGCCUUGGAUCCUCGUGUCUUUGGCAACCGACCUGCGCGAGCGCUCCAAGGUGGCUGGUGACCUGGUGCCCAUGGUGCAGCCUGAAGAAGCUGAAGCUUUCGUACAAAGAUACGGUGGCUGGGGAUACCUAGAGUCCUCCGCUUUCUUCCCAGAAACUGUACAGUUGGUUGUGGAUGAAGCGCUUAGUGCGGCGAACACAUACUAUGGUUUGCAGUGGCAGCUUGUUCCACCUACGGUGGCACAGCCUACUGGAGAGGAGAAGCCGACUUGGACUGCGGCACCAGUGGAAGGUGAAAUGGAGCUCUGGUUGCCGCACGAGACACUGACGGUCAGAGAUGAUCCCGUGCCGGUCACUGAGGAUCAGAUUCGUGAGGGCUUGUCGCAGCUCGGGGACAGUGGAACCCGCCAGCAUGCCUAUGUACGGUGCGAUCUCAUGGGUAUGGACCUCACCUCCCUUGUGAAGGUCCGACAGUGGGAGCAGCUGCAAUUUCUCAACGUGUCGCGAAAUCGCCUCAGGGGCUUGGAGCCAGUUGGUGCUCUCAGACAUCUACUUCACUUGAAUGCCAGCCAUAACCUGCUGAUUAGAAGUCAGAAUUUCACAGCUCCUGAUGGGCUGGAGACCUGUGACAUGUCUUACAACAUGCUUGCAGAGCUGGGGGAUUGGAAUGUUCACAGGUUUUUGAGGGAGCUCAAUUUGCGAGGCAACUACAUCAGUUACAUCGGCAAUGGGCUUAAAGGCAACAAGGAGCUGCGAAUGCUGGACCUCUCGGAGAAUCUCAUCCUCCAACUGCAGAACCUGGACAACUUGGAGCUGCGCACACUGUGCAUGGCACAGAACAAGCUAAACGGCUUGGAAGGCGUCCAGACUCUGGGCAAGCUUCACAGCCUUGAUGACAUUCCUCGUCUGCGCAAGUUGCGGGCAUCGGAGAAUCGGAUCUCGCAGAUGAAGGAGGUGGACCAGCUUGCAGACUUCAACUUUCUGAGUGAGUUGUACAUGCACCCAAAUCCCCUGUCUCAGCUUCCGCAGUACCGUGCGCAAGUUCUACAUCGCCUGCCGCGCUUGCGCAGCCUAGACAGCCAACAGGUAAGUCCGGAGGAGCGUGUGAAGACGGAGGUCAUCUAUGGGGCCGACGUGGAGACAAGGCAGGAGAUUUUCGAGCACCUGCUUCCCGAAGAGACAUUCGUGGACCGGAGGCUCAUGACACAGGAGCUCAUUUCUCAGCUGGAGAUCGAGCAGUUUGGCAAGAAUGGCGAUGCCGGUCCGUUUGGCCUCGAUUUCGUGGCGGGACCUACCUUUGGAGAUCCGCCCAGGACGAAGCUGCAGCAUGCAAAGUUCCGGCAACGCGUGGAGCUGACAAGAAAGGGCGGUUCGGGGCCAGACGGAGUGGCAGACUUCUCCAGCUACCCAGCACUCUACCACGCCACAUCUGCCUUUGAUGAAGAUCUGCGCGAGAUUCUGGAGGCAGUAGCAGAGGGGGGCUGCGAGGAGCUAGUGCUUGGCGAAGCGCAGAUCACACCACACGGUAUCAGGGAGAUCAUUGCGUUCAUGCAAGAUACGCCUUGCAGACUCUGCUUCAUCAAUCUUUCUGGCUGUUCCUCUGCUGCACUUCUGGGGGCAGAGCUGCUGAAAUCCUUCCCACUGGACCGUGGCUGCAGCAUCGAGCUCGAGAACUGUGGCCUGGCAGAUUCCACGGUGGCGCGCCUUAGGAACAAGGCCGAGGAUGCCUCGAGAGCGCUCGCCAGAGCCGCAGCUGAGCGCCAGCGCAUCGCGCAACGCGUGGCCGAGCACUUCGAGAUGCAGGACUACCUGGAGGAGCGUGCGGCUGAGCUGAGGCCUGGCGAGGAAGCACCGCCCGCACCAGCCUUGGCAUGUCAUCCUCGACAGUGGCGACCGGGUGCCGAUGGCCCCAAGGCCUUGGAACUCUUCCUUCGAGCAAAUCCCAACAAACUGGUCGAGACAGGCGGUACAUGGACCAUGAAUGGCAGGAAAGGAAGCAAGAAUUUCCAGCUCUCGGCCGAGGAGCACCAGAAACUUUGCGAGAAGCUUGAAGACAUGCUCUUAGACUGGGGCUGUGAGCUGGAGGAUGGUCAACAAGGCCUCCCACUGCCUCGAGCCUUUCUGAGUGCUUUUGGUGCAGAUCCACGGCAGAGCCCCAAGCUGCUGGGCUUCAUGCUAUGGGAAGGCGUGGUGCCGAGUGCACAGGUCCGGGGCGAUGUCUACCGGAAGCAGGAGGAAUGGGCGGCCGCUUGGGCGACAGAACAGCGGCAGAUGCAGGCUUUGACGCAGCAAGCAAUAGAGGAGUAUGACUCUGGGCAGCAAUCCCCCGGAGUGGCAAGUGGUCAGCUGAUGGCUCACCUCAGCUGGCUGGUCUCAGGCACAGAACUGAAACCCCCGACAUAUUUCGGCUUCCAGAAAGCAGAAGAGCGCCCUGCACCACGGAUUGGUGAGGAUUUGCUUGCUGCACUUCGUGCAGGCCUUGUUUUCUUGGAGGAUGUUGUCGCUGACGGCUUUGGUGUCGACAACCUCAAAAUCACCCUGAGGUCCUUGUCUUCAGAAACUUUGCAGAUUGCCCUUCGCCGGGGUACCAUCUUUCAGCAGAAGUCAUGGAAUCACAGGCAAAACCUGGUCACAGGGGUCGACUACUUGCUUGUGGUUCCCCCUGGCGGGUACGUGACGAAGGAGGUGCUUGGCUACUCAAUGAACUUCACCUGCCCGCCCCCACUCAAUGAUCAGAUGCAUCUUACCGAGUUCUACUUUGAUGUUGAGAGGUUGCUUGGAAGUCAAGCCCUGAUUUGGGACCACUUCCAGGCUCUGUUCCAUAAGUAG